UUUUUCAAUUUUAAAUUUUAAAAUUUCAAUUUUCAAAUUUGUCUCUCUCUUCUAUUCUUCACUCUCUUUUACUCAAGAGAUCCAUCUUCACUUCCCAUAAAACCCUAAUUCACCAAAAUUCAACUUUUCUCUUUCUCUCUUCUUCCAAUUUCAUCUCAAACACCUUCGUGUAUGGAUGACGAAUGCAAUUCAUUGGAUAAAUCGAUUUUGACCGUCCAAUCUGCUUCAAAGAUUAUGAGUGAGAAACGAGUUAACACCAAUCCGAGUGAUAAACACGAGCCCCCUCGAAAACGAGUCAAAAUGAGAGAUCUUGAAUCCCUGGUUCAUUCCUCAGAAAAGGCGAUUGGGAAAGAAAACAUUGUUCAAUCGUCAUUUGACAAUGUUGAGAUGUCACAAACCACCAAGGUGCCUUUGACAGUGGACAUAGAUGUCUCAAAAGAAGAGCAAGAUGGACGGAGUGUAUUGGGUAGCCCCAGGCUUUUGGAUCUUAAUAAAAUUGGUGGAUUUGGUGAGAAGCUCAGUAAGGAUAAGGAAUUGUUGUCUGAGAAGCAGGAAAGGGAACAGCGUGGUAAUAUUGUGAACACGAAAGGAGUUAAUGUGGAUCUCAAUGCAGAAGAUGAUACUAGCUCCGUGAAUGUGGAACGGGCAAGUUUUCAGAAAGAACAUGGUCAGUUUAAGUCGAAGGAUUUGUCUCAGAGUGGGAGCAGUACUGGACCUUCAAAGGAGCAAGAUCCAAUGAAAAUAUGGACGGAGAUGAAGAGAAACGGUUUUAUUUCAUCUGCUCAUGGAGGCAUUCCGGUGCCGAAGAAACGUGGGAGAAAAAGUAAAACUGAAAUUCUUGAGCAAAAAAUGGAGCUUGCCAAGAGAGAACAAAUCAAUAGGUUUACGAAAAUUGCAGCUCCAAGUGGACUGCUGAAUGAUUUAAACCCUGGGAUUAUUAAUCAUGUAAGAAAUAGAAAACAGGUCCAUUCAAUUAUUGAGGCUCUUGUAACUGAAAAACAUGAAAAUAGGAGCAAGCAAGAAGCACAUCGAAUGAGUGGAGGUAUAGACAUGACCAAGAGAGACCUAGAAUGUGUGAACGAAGAUGGGACCUUUCAUGGUUCUGCAGGUGGUAGACAAGCACGGAAGAGUCACGUGACAAAGAAUGAUUCCUCGUGGAUUUUGGAGGGUAAAGGCUGUGAUCGUGACACAUACAGUGUAGAGAAAGCUGGCCUUAAAGAUUGUAUAUCAAAUGCAAGUCAUGUCACAGAAGAUGAUGUUUUAUCGCUGAAAUUGUCAUCUUCAAUGAAGGCAUCAAUGAGUUCCACCAGUUUGUCGAAUGAAGAAUCAUCAAAUGUUACUGCAGUUUCAUCUCUUUCUCUAAAAGCUGCUACUGUUGCUUCUCAAUGGUUGGAGCUUCUACACCAAGACAUCAAAGGGCGUCUUUCGACUUUGCGCCGAAGUCGGAGGAGAGUUCGAUCUGUAAUCACUACUGAGUUGCCUUUCCUUAUGUCGAAGGAAUUUGCAGAUAACCAAAAUUAUGAUCCUUGUGGUAUGAACAUUCCUGCAGGACUCCCCACUAGUAAAAUAGCAGAGUUGCAUCAGGCAAGAUGGACUGCUUUGUUUGAUCAUAUGGAUGAAGCACUUUCAGAAGAGGAAAAACAACUUGAAAGUUGGUUGAAUCAAAUAAAAGACAAGCAAUUGCUAUGUGAUCAGGGCCUGCAACAUGUUAACUGGAGUAAGGCUUAUGGUUUACAACAGUCGGCAACUUCAGAAAAUCACUCCAGAUCAUCCCAAGUAGACAACUCAGAGAAAGAGUUAGCUGUUAAUGCAGCAGCAGCUUCCAUAUACUCAACAUGCAAUUUUCUACUGUCAGAGUUAAGUUGCAUUUGACAUUGAGUCUAAAUGUCAUUGUUGUUGUUAAUUGCUGAUCGCGGAAAAUAUCAGUUUGUUCACAUUUUGCAAUGCUACAAUGCUAUGGCGCAUUUAUAGCCGCUAUUUGGAAGCACUUUGUACUAAACAGUGUAUUGCGGAACAAUGAUGAUCUGUUCAGAUUCUGCAUUGCUAUAGCGCGAUAAUGCCUGCUAUAGCUGCUAUUUCACAACACUAGUCAUAUGUUCAACUUAUUAUGUUGGUUGUCAUUUUCUCUUUUCUCCUUAAUGAGUUGAGAUUGCUUUAGCAAUUGCCAUUGGUAUGUAGAACAAUUGUAGUUUAGGUUUUGGCAUAUGAACAAGUUUUGAUACUUGUUGUGAUUGUAACUCUAGCUGUGGAAUUUAUUUAUUCUUCACUUUUGUCGAACUGUUCUACAGAAAAUUACUCAAAUAAUUGCAAAAUAAACCAAUAUUAUUGGAUUCUUUCUCAA